AUUUACGCGCACAACCUCGCACGUAGACUGAAGCGGGUAUCGUGAAAUAUAGCUUAAGAGUACAUUGUGCCCAGCACUUGAUUCCGACAGUAGCUGUCUGAAAAAACAUUGGAUGUGUUUAAAUGGCUUGCUAGGUUGUGAUUGAGUAUAUGAUAGAGAAAUGCGGAUACACCAUUGAAAGGCACCCUGCUCUAUUUGUUUGUCAUCACCUGCCACCAGUCCUCUGGUUGUUAUUGGUUAUUUUAAUAUACGGUGUUGCUACAUGCAAAUCUCGGGGACUAUGUGAGCAUCAUGCUGGCGGUGCGAUGCCUGGUGUUCGCUGCAGUGAGUGCACGGUUUGCCGUGACAGACUGGGGCAGCUCAGUGACGCGGGAGAGAUCCGUUUGGGAAUGGGAAUCAGUAGAAGACCGGGGGGAACGGGUACCAGCUGCCGAGGAGGUCACUCAUCCCAAACGACUAGUGCAACAGAUCGAUGCCGAAGGAGAACUGGUUCACGGUCACCUCGACACUCGGGUAAAGAACCUCACAGCAGGAACUCUGCCUGUCCAUCUGGCCCAGAGCAGUUUCCUGAUAGAGGCCUUUGGCAGAUCCUUCAUCCUGGACCUGGAACUCAACCACAAUCUACUGUCCUCAGACUAUGUGGAGCGUCACUUUGACGAGGAGGGCAGGCCGCUGCAGAGCCUGGGAGGAGAGCACUGCUAUUACCAUGGUCAGCUGAGAGAGGUACCAGGCUCCUGGGUGGCUAUGUCUACCUGUCAUGGUCUACGUGGGAUGUUUUCCGAUGGCAACUUCUCCUAUGGCAUCGAGCCUGUUCUCAAUGGCAGCGGUGAGGAGCUGAGCGAACACGUUGUGUAUCGUAUGCCUGAUCUGGACCUGCUGCUGCAACACUGCCCAGGAUGUUCAGUGAACAGCAGUGACACUGAGGGAGGCAUCAAGAGUGACAUGGAGGUGGAAGGUGACACAGGAGGUGGAAGUGACAAGGUUUCGUUUGAACAGGAGGAAUCCGUCUUUUCUCAGGGUUUGAGACGCACAAAGAGACAGGUUCGUCGUGGUCAUCGCACGGUUCAGACGGAGACCAAGUACAUAGAGCUGAUGAUCGUCAACGAUCAUGACCUGUUUGUUCAGCUGCGUAGGUCGACGUCGCAGACAAGGAACUUUGCCAAAGCGGUGGUCAACAUGGCAGAUGCGAUCUACAAAGAACAACUCAACACCAGGAUAGUGUUGGUUGCCAUGGAAACUUGGUCAUCCCAGAAUAUGGUUUCCGUGGGCGACGACCCCUUGCUGACCCUGCGCGACUUCAUGAAAUACAGGAAGGAGAGCAUCAAGGAACGCAGCGAUGCAGCACACCUGUUCUCGGGAAGAACCUUCCUGAGCAGUCGAAGUGGGACAGCCUACAUCGGAGGAAUCUGCUCCCUGACCCGCGGUGGGGGGGUCAAUGAGUAUGGCAACGUGGGCCCUAUGGCCAUUACCCUGUGCCAGAGCCUGGGCCAGAACCUUGGCAUGAUGUGGAACAAGGAGCGACCGGCUGCUGGAGAUUGCAGGUGUCCAGACCCAUGGCUGGGGUGUAUCAUGGAGGAUACAGGGUACUACCUGCCCAGGAAGUUCUCUCGCUGCAGUAUAGAUGAAUACCUGCGCUUCCUCCAGCUAGGAGGGGGCAGCUGUCUCUUUAACAAGCCCAGCAAGCUCCUGGAUCCCCCAGAGUGUGGGAACGGCUUUGUGGAGGUGGGCGAGGAGUGUGACUGUGGAUCUCAGGUGGAGUGUGGGCGCAGCGGAGGGGCCUGCUGUAAGAAGUGUACUCUUACCCAUGAUGCCAUGUGCAGCAACGGCCUCUGCUGCAGGAACUGCAGGUACGAGAUUAGGGGGGUGACGUGUCGUGAGACUGGAAAUGACUGCGACGUCCCUGAGAUGUGUACAGGAGACUCCAGUCAGUGUCCUCAUAAUGUCCACAAACUGGAUGGGUACAUGUGUGACGUUGGACAGGGACGUUGCUACGGGGGCCGCUGCAAGACCAGAGAUGGCCAGUGCAAGACCCUCUGGGGCCACAACUCGGCUGAUCGGUUUUGUUAUGAGAAGCUCAACUCGGAGGGCACAGAGAAGGGCAACUGUGGACGAGACUCCAGUGGACAGAGCUGGGUCCAGUGCAAUAAGCAGGACGUGCUCUGUGGGUUUCUGCUGUGCACCAACAUGUCUGCCAAGCCCAGCUUUGGAGAGCUGCAGGGGGACCUGACCAGCAUGACCAUCUACCACCAGAACAAGUACCUGGACUGCCGCGGGGGUCACGCCGUGCUGGAGGACGGCUCCGACCUGGGCUACGUUGAGGACGGGACGCCGUGCGGGCCCAACAUGAUGUGCCUGGACCGCCGCUGCCUGCCCGUCAACACCUUCAACCUCAGCACCUGCCCCGGCUCCUCCCCCUCCCGGGUCUGCUCCCACCAUGGGACGUGUAGUAAUGAGGUGAAGUGCAUCUGUGAUCCAGACUACACAGGAAAGGACUGCAGCGUGUACGAUCCCAUCCCUGACCCCACUCCUCCAGAGGGCCCAGAGAAAUACAAAGGUCCCAGUGGCACCAAUAUCAUAAUAGGGUCCAUCGCAGGGGCAAUCCUGCUGGCAGCUAUUGUCCUAGGAGGAACUGGAUGGGGAUUUAAAAACAUCCGAAGAGGAAGAUCUGGAGGCGGCUGAAAAGUGUGUCCACCUGCUGUCCUGUCUUCCUUGCACUGUGUCCUAUCCACUUUGAGAAGAAAAGCAAAGAUGUCUUCCAUUAUCUUUACUCUCAAACUACACCUCUCACAAUCCUCCUUUUCAACUUCUUUCUGUUUAUUUUCACGUCGUUCCUUCAUCCCUGAAUCGUCUCACCUCUUGCCUUCGGUAGGUUUCAAACUGAAAUACAUUCCAGCCAGAUAUGAAUACCUGUCAGGCAAUGGCCACGCUGUAUUGCCUACAUCUUCAAUGUAAUGCUUCUUUGUCGGAGGCCUUCCUAUGUCAUUCCAUUUUGCCCACAGUUUAACCUCUUAAGCAUUGUUGAUGAAGUGUUGGAGAAUGUCAUAAACCAGAUGAAGGGGACCCAGAUCUGUAUUCCCCUUACAUAAGUGCUUUACUGAUAUCAUUAGUUUAUCUUUCUUCUUCUUGUGAUUGAACAGUUAGUCUUACCUGCUAAUUGGACUGUUAUGCUUUACCCCCCUUUAAAGGAUUGUUUGUAAAGAAGAAGUAAAAGUUCAUUAAUCACUUCAUCCAUGUAUGGAUGCGGGUAAAGUUAUAUCUCACUAAUAAGAUGGUUUCCAUACCUUCAUACUUCUCCCACGGCUGAUGUAUUGCACAUCAUCAGACACAGAGUGAGACUAUAUAUAUUUAUGUUCUGGUUUUGGUAUUUUUAGCACUAUUUAGGAAAGAGUUCCAGGUUCCAACUUGAUCUGCUUGCUUGUGAAUCAAGCACAAGUAUUUAAAUUGUGUAGUUAAACUGAACUAAUACAUGUAUUCAUUUACCUCAUAUGAUGCUGCUUGUCGGUAUUAAUCAGUAGUCUCUCCUUCCUUAAUCAGUAAUUCAAUCAAACAUAAUAUGCAGAAUGUCUGAAUGUAUAUCUCAAGCUUUCGAUUGAGCAAAGACUUGUCGCACCAGUGUCGACAAAGUAACUUUGCACGGGUUGACAACCUAGCUAGAUAGUCGAUUGCACAUGCACACUCUAUAGAAUGUGUAUCACACUGUAUAACAUUUAAUCCAUAGAGAUUGAUUAUGCGUACAUGUAGGCUGGAUAUGGGUGCUUCUGUAUAUUUGUAUCAUAGAUUUUCACACAUUUAGACGGCAGGGAAAUGUGACCGGCUCAGCCAUGGGAAGCACAAGUUUGUGAGGGUCAACCUGAGCCCUUCCAAGAAGCCAUUAGGGAGAUGAUGAUGAAAUGCAGGAAUGAUCAUUAAUUUGAGCUUGAUUCAGUAUUUCAUUUACAAAUACUACCACUUGCGGAAUGUAUUCACUUUAACUGAAUAGGAAUUAAAAUGAUAUGUAUUAUUUCCAUGAAAUGGGUAGUGAACCAUAUUUAAAACGUUUUUUUUAAACAAGAUUAAACUUUUUCUCAAAUUGUAAAGAUAUAAUUUGAUUAUGUUAAAUAUAUACAAUGUGGAUCCAAAUGAGCUGUAGACAAGCAUAUCUAAUGAAUUCAUUUGGUAAAGGUUUACUGUAUGCAGAUUUGAAUUUUAGAAUGCAAUGCACACAAAUUCACACAUUACUUUCACAAUGAAACAAGCUUCACCAUACUGUGAAAACUCUCCCACUAAGAGUGGAAGUGUAGAUGGUGUGUGCCACACAUCUCCCUCCUGGUUCUCUUUGAAUAGAAGAAUAUUGUAUGUUCAAAGACUAAAUAAGCAUACAACAUUUUUUUGGAACUGAGUGUACUGUAUCUAGUAAUGUCAGUUCAUUAAGUUUAACAGGACACUGAAACUUCAUAAACUUGAGCAUACGGAUGAUAUGGCCAUUAAAAGUUACACUGCCAGUAGCAUUUAUACCUGAACAAUUGUUAGAUUGUAGAUUAUGAAAUAUAUUGCAUAUUAUGUUGUACUAACAACAUCCAGAUGAUCAUUAAGUUAAGAAAGAAAAGAAAACAACAGAUAAAAAUAAAUAAAUGAAAAGGCACUAUUGUUUAUAGGACUUAUUGUAAUGAUAUAGGGGGAAAUGAUCCACUGUAAUUUUUAUUGUCUGUUGCUCAAGAUCUUGCAUAGGAGUUCAACUUCAAAAGGUUAUAGUACUUAAACACUUUUGACAAAUAUGUGUAUGUGAAUGCAUUUUUGUCUGAAGGGUUCCUUAGGGUGUAAAUAUGUUUCCUGUAUAAAAUCAUACAUACUGUAUGACGUUUAAUAACUUGAACAUCAAUGCUUGUCUGUGUUCCUAUUGAAGCGGCUGUCAUGUUAAUCAAGGUUGCCAUAGACUAAUGCUACGGGGUUCAACAUUUAGUAGUUUUCUGAAAAAUAUGUUUUUCUAAAGAUAUCUUGCUGUGAUAUUGCCUUUCUUAUUGUUUCCAUAUUCUUUACUUUGUCCAAGAUGUUGACCAAGGCCCACUUGUGCCUUGCCCUUUGACUUCUAGACCCAGCUGGUGUGGCCAGUUUAAUUAAAUCUUUACAUUCCAAUAGUAGCCUCAUUAGCCUGCAUUAUUGGCAUGUUGUAAACAGUCAGAUGCCACAUGUUCUUGCAGCGUGAACUACAGCUGAAAAGUAUGUAAUUAUAUUAUUAUAGUAUGAUAUUUUGGGGUGAGGACUGAGCUACCGUUUGACUCUCAUACUCAAAAGAAUGAAUGUAAAUUUUAUGUUUUGCCAUUAUUUGUAGAUUUAAUCUCCUGAUAGCCUGACCUCAGAUUUUGAAUCCUGUUUCUUCAGUGUAUUCUGUGCCUUGUCUAAUCCAGCCUCCCAGAGAUCUGGCUCUGAAACCACAGAGCCUGAUCUCAGUCACUUUGAAGGUUAGAAUAUUUUCUUUCUAUUUAGUCUUUUUGUCAGUAAAAUGUCACAAUUACAUAAAAGUAGAAGAAUAUCAGUGCUAGAACACCAAGAAAACUGCCACUUACACUGGUCGAUUCCUGUUUCAAGGAUCUUGUCACAACAUUUCCUUCAUGACUUCCCAACAACUUGAAAAAUAUCAAUAGGAUAAAUAUGUGAAACAGCAAAAACAAGAUAUGUGAUUGAUAUUAGGUGUUUUAUUUACCACUGCCACAAAACUACCCCUUAAUCUCAGGCUACUAUCCAUUAUGCUGUUUUCUUUCAAACAUUUUGUAUAAUGUGUGUAUUUUCAUUGGAUAAUGAUAACUUACUACAAGGUAGUAUAAUACAGGAUAUUGGUUGGUAUUUAUUAAAACUGGUCACUUUUGUUAUUUACGAAUGAUUAAAUGUGUUCUUUGCUAAGCAUUGUUUUGAUGAUAUGAACCCCACCUAGUCUUGGCACAUUGUAUCAGCACUCCAGGAGCACAAAACAGCCUUGUACAAGUGUAAAGCAUCUUCUGUACGUCCCAUGUGUAUUUUGUACAUAUAUUCAUAAAUUAGAGUGGACAUGUAUAAAAUAUAGACAAAUAUACCAUAAAACCAUUAAUAUUGGACAUACUCAGAUUUAUUAAAUAAUUAAGUGUACUUUGGAAAACAACUAAUGUAUCUUGUCAACUGGAUGUACACAUUUCUUCAGUGCACCUUUGUACAUUGUAUAUAUCCUACUUAAUUGUGCAUAACCACUUUGUCUAGGGUUUCCUUUCUUACAUAUCGUAUGUACAUAGUGAUGAAGCGCUCUGAAGUCAUGUAGUCAGGACUGUUUUUGGGACUGAGUUUGAUAGAAUUAUGCUUUUUCAUGUGUGACCAGUAAGUUUAAUUACAUUUAUUAUGGAGCCUAUUACUUGUUUUCAAUUCACAUGCAACUGUAUAAUGAAUCAUAGCUCUGGAAUCAACUUACUAUGAUACUGUAACUAUUGACUACAUAUAUUUUUUAAGACAUUCAAAUAGAGGGGCAGUUGAUGACAUUUCAAUGAAACUGUGAUGACAAAGACAAAAUAAAGUUGAAAUGUGAAAUAACAUCUAUGAGCAUGAUGUGUGUUUAAUG